AAGUUCCAUUCCCGACAGUACCCUCAUCUGUUCACUUUAAUUAUUCACCUUAGUACCACUCCGCUACGUGUUUAACUCAGGGUUCAUACCGUCAUUUCACCAUCAUUACAUCUACAAUAAUUCAUCACCAUUCAUUCUAACACGACACCGUUUCACCCACUCAUCGGCACCGUCGUGGUUUAAGUUUCACCUCGACACCUCCGCCUCGUUUACAAUUUUCAUUUCCAUUUUUACCCCUCACCAGUUCUCCAAAUUCUAAUUCUUACCAACCGCUGUUCAAUUCAAUUCGCCAGAAACUCGAAUCCAAAAAUAUUCAAUUUUCGAUCGUCUCGAAAUGGAACCCUAAAAAUCACUCCCUUAGGGUUUUUGCGAUUUUCCGGGAUUGAAGGUUUUGAUUCUUCCGGGAAUGGCGGAUCGAGGAGAAGACGAGGAUUUGCAAAUGGCGAUUCGGAUGAGCAUGACGCCGGAGCCGAAGCGCAAUAAGCAGAGAGACGAAGUCACUGGCGUCGUUUCGGGGUCGCCGGAGGAGUCACCGGAAUUUAAGACGCGGAGAAGGGAGCUCAUGGCGGCGGCUGCCGAGAAGCGAAUGGCAACUGUCGUUAGGGUUUCUCCUUCGCCUUCGACGCCAGUGGUAGCUAAAGUGGGGAAGAAGGGCGGUGAAAUUGGAAAGAGAGAUGAGGUGAUACCUUUCAGAAGGGAGGAGUCGAGUAAUGCACUGUCUAUGGAAGAAGCUAACAAGUUAUUUGUUAUGGUGUUUGGGAGUGAAGUCUCAAAGGACAUUCUAGCACAAUGGUGCAACCAGGGAAUAAGGUUUAGCUCUGAUCCUGUAACAUCAAUGGGCCUAGUGCAGCAUGAAGGAGGCCCUUGUGGCGUUUUGGCAGCUAUACAAGCAUUUGUGCUCAAAUACAUUAUUUUCUUCAGUGAUGAAUUGAAAGAAUUGUCACGCAUGCCACAAAAUCGGGGUUUGGGUGCAUCAUGUAAAAGUUACUCUGUUCCAUAUAAUCUUUCUUCACUCACUGACAGUGUAAAAGUAAGAGCUCUUGUAAGGAGUAUGGGUGAAAUUUUAUUUUUGUGUGGAAGUAAUAGAAGGGCUGUGAUUGCAACUUUGAGCAUUCCAGGGAAUGAUUUUCAGCGUUUUGAAGGAAUCUCAGAGGAUGAGCAGGUUGUUGCAAGUUCACUUAAAGGUCUUUCAAUUGAAUCUUCCUUAGAUCUGCAGAAAGUUCUUAGAGUUGAAACACACACAUCACAAACAACUGCUUUGCAGAGGCUUGAAGCAAUUAUUCCUUUAUUCCAAAGUCGUAUGGGGGCAUUGCUUUUCCUAAUCUCUGCUCUACUUUCUCGUGGACUGGAUUUGGUUCAAAGUGACAGGGAUGAUCCCAGCCUACCACUGGUUACUGCUCCUUUUGGGCAUGCCUCCCAGGAAAUUGUCAACCUGCUGCUCUGUGGGCAGGCUGUUCCUAAUGUUUUUGAUGGAAGGAUGGAUUUAGGCGGGGGAAUGUUUCUGAAAGGUAUAUCCCGAAAUGUGGAAGUGGGAUUUCUCACCCUGCUAGAAUCCCUGAAUUUCUGCAAGGUUGGUCAGUUUCUGAAAACUCCGAAAUGGCCUAUAUGGGUUGUUGGGAGUGAAUCCCAUUACACAGUGUUGUUUGCUAUUGAUCCCAGCGUUCAAAACGAGAAUGAACUUGAAGGAAGAGAAACACAGAUUCACAAAUCUUUUGAUGCACAAGAUCAAAGUGGAGGUGGCGGCUUCAUUAGUGUGGAGGGGUUCCAUCAAGUCAUCAGAGAAACAAAUAUCAAACUUCCGGGAGAGAAGCUAGAGAACCUUUGCAGUGCAGGGUUCAUUGUAUGGAGUGAAUUCUGGCAGGUAAUUUUGGACCUAGACAAAAACUUGGGAGGUUUGAAAGAUUCAUCAGGAUUGAUGGGUAAGAAGGUCUUUGAUCUUUUCCAUUUUAAUGGGAUUGCUAAAUCAGAUUUGAAUGGCAGUCAAGUAAAUUCUGGUGGUGAAACUCCACUGCAAAGACCCAGGCUCACAAAAUUAAGCGUCUCAGUUCCCCCAAGGUGGACGCCUGAGGAAUUUAUGGCAGAUGUGCAAGGUCCAUCUGCUUCUAGUGCAAGUGACUCUGCUGGGAAGGACACUGAGGUAUCUAAACCAGAGCCGUCUCAACAUGCGCCUUUGGUUGACUGCAUAAGGACACGUUGGGCCCGUGCUGUCUGCAGCUGGUCAGGUGAUCCUCCUAGUAUAGUCUGAACGACUUUUUUUGGAAUCAUUUGUUGUGGUCAAAUGGGUUGAGCUGGGAAAGCACAAUCAGUUCAGCAAAGCCAUCAUGAAAAGAAGAGGAGACGAAGCUUUCAUGUUUUACUUUGAUAUUAUACCUCGAGGCACAUGAAAAUAAGGAGAAGGGGUCAACUCUCCAAAUUUUCUUCAAUAUUUGCGCAACCAAUAUAUGAUGUGGAUUAAUGUAUUUUCAAUUUUCUCUUCGAUUUUGUCUUUGACAUUCAAGGAGUGCGGGUAAGAGGGGUGUGUGGUAUUAUUUAUGGUGAAGCUUACUUGUAAAAUCAAUUUAAAUGUAUUAUCGUCAAUUAGGAAGGGUUAUAGUUUUGGGGGUUUAUUAUUAUUAAUAAACGUGGAAUCUAUUCUUGUUUCUGAAUUUGUUGUAAUAUAGAAUAUCUUCGAGCUUGGCUUCUGAAUAGGAGAAGAGUGAGUAUUUCAUAAAAAUAUUUUAUACCCUCUGUUGUAGAACAUCUCUCUCUGAUGAUGAUGGGCAUCUUAAUUUUAUCUGUGCUGGUCUCACUAUCAUCAGCAGGUCUGCAUGAGUUUAAAUUUGUAUUUGAAACUUGAAA